UCCGCGCGUGACGUCACUGCAAGGCGCCGGGCGACACGUUGUCUCGGUUUUCGGCGGGCUUACCGGGGACGAAAAUGUCUAUGGCCAGCGAUUUCUACCUGCGCUACUACGUAGGGCACAAGGGCAAGUUUGGGCACGAGUUUCUGGAGUUCGAAUUUCGGCCAGACGGAAAGCUUAGAUAUGCCAACAACAGCAAUUACAAAAAUGAUGUCAUGAUCAGAAAAGAGGCUUAUGUGCACAAGAGUGUAAUGGAAGAACUGAAGAGAAUUAUUGAUGACAGUGAAAUUACAAAAGAAGAUGAUGCUUUGUGGCCUCCCCCUGACAGGGUUGGCCGACAGGAGCUUGAAAUUGUCAUUGGAGAUGAGCACAUAUCUUUUACCACAUCAAAAAUAGGUUCUCUUAUUGAUGUAAAUCAGUCAAAGGAUCCUGAAGGCCUUCGAGUAUUUUACUAUUUGGUACAAGACUUGAAAUGUUUAGUUUUCAGUCUCAUUGGAUUACACUUCAAGAUUAAACCAAUUUAAAUUCCAUGUUUUCAAGCUGUUUGUAUAUUUAAUUAAGGGAUGGAGGGUUUAUUUGUCAUUUACAAUAUUGGGGUUUUUAUGAAUGUGAAGCAAAAGAAAAUUUGUAUGUAAACUGAAAAUAAGAAAGUACAUUAACAGGCUUAAUGGUUAUCCUAACUUGAGUCCACAUGGUUUGGACAGUCCCCACACACAUUAAAUUCUGUAAAUAAAAGCCACCUUUUGUUAAAAAUUUGCUUUAAUAAAACAUGCCAAAUCCUG